CACAUUGUUUCAUGUUGACGUCAUGGAUUAAUGAACCAACCAAUGGGAAAGCAGUAGUUACACUGCAAGCUGAUUCGCACUUCCYUGUUCGGAACGAAAGGUCGACAGACAGUCUGUUGUUAAUGAGUUUGAGAUUUUAAUCGAAGCCGCUCUUCACAAUUUAGCCCAACUUAGAAAUCCUUAUUUGAGGAUAUAUCAAUCAUUUAAUUGGAGCACAUCUACUCUAAUAGUCACUGAUUCUUACUGAACGAUAUAAGCUCAACAAAGGAAUCUCGACUUUAGGACUUCAAGCAUUUAGUAAUCUAAGUCUAAUUGGACCUAAUUGAACCAAGCCUUAUAUUCUAAUGGUCGCUGGUACUGACUGAACGGUAAGAGAUAACAUAUCGAUAAACGACAAACAUAGACAACGGAAGACAAAAGCGCUUGAAUACUUUCUUCCAUGACAUUAAAACUAAACUAGCGAUUUUUAUCAAAAGUAAGUGCUGCGAUGCUUGAGAAAGACAAUCGUGUAUGAAAAGUUUUUAUCGUGUAUAUUAAUAGCAGUAUUAAUAGUAAUCUAGACCGAACUGGGUCAAGCCCUGGCAGACGUGAUUUAUAUAUCAUUAGAUACUGGUUUAGACCGCUGACUGCGUGACAUGAACAUGUCAGUCCAUAGACUAUAGGUAUGACCUCAUGCCUUAGACGUUCACCGGAGGUCAUAAGACAUAGCAUAGACCAAUAAGAAUAGAACACAUUUCAACUACUACUAGUAUACCUUUAGCAAUAUUGUGCAAUAGGCACACUAUAAUUUAGCCAUUCGGUGUAUCGGGGCAAUCAAAGAAGAAAACGAAMCAUUAAUACUACGACGGAAAGUCGAAGAAAAGAGAAGGUCAAUAGAAAGUUUGAAACAAGCGCAAUCCAACGAUAACUUGACCUUUGCAACAAGCCCACCGGCCAAUGUACAACAACUAAGGCAAAUGGAAGCAAGCAGCCCAUUGGACGAACUUCUACAAUCAAUGCAACCAUUCCAGCAAGCACAAAGAAGUUCUGCAGGGGUACAAGAAUGGACAAGCCAACUAACAUCCCAACCCUCAAUAGAUCAGUCAGCGAUGUUUCUACGCCCAGGACGCCUCAAGAAGGAAAUCUUACUGCUAUGGAUUUGAAGAUGCUACAACUGUUUAUCAAGUUUUGUGUGUCGUAUGCAAUCCAGCGGUUUGCUUAUGAUGAAGAAACGAAACAAUUCUCGCAAUCGAAAAGAGAAGAACUGAUCUCUUUAUUAGAGGAAUGUUCGGUGAUGGCUCUUUUACUAUUUGAUGCCAAAACGCUUAUCUACAUUUAUGAUGCACUUGGUGUGUUAUAUCGUCGUGUUCAUCAACCAACCAAAGCAAUUCAGUCUUACGAGGCUAURCUUACCUUCAUUUCUGGAACUGGAAAUCUCAUUGAACUAGAGAUAAAUAUUAACCAAAAUUUAGGAAAUGUCUAUCAAUCAAUAGGGCAAUAUCGCAAAUCAAUCAAAUAUCACGAAAAGAGCCUGAGUAUUGCUAAAGAGAUUGGUGACAGACUUGAAGAAGGAGCUGCUUAUAGUAAUAUAGGGAAUGCGUAUAUAUCAUUAGGAGAAUAUCAUAAAGCGAUCGAAUAUCAUGAAAAGAGCCUGAGGAUUGAUAAAGAGAUUGGUGACAGGCAAGGAGAAGGAGCUACUUAUGGAAAUCUAGGGAUUGCUUAUCGAUCAUUAGGAGAAUACCACAAAGCGGUUGAAUAUCAUGAGAAGAUACUGACCAUUGCAAAAGAGAUUGGCGACAGACAAGGAGAAGGUGCUACUUAUGGAAAUUUAGGAAAUGCCURUUGCUCGUUAGGAGAAUACCACAAGGCGAUCGAGUAUCACGAAAAGGCACUGAGCAUUGCUAAAGAGAUUAGCGACAAACAAGCAGAAGGCGCUGCUUAUGGAAAUAUAGGGAAUGCCUAUUAUCUAUUAGGACAAUACUACAAAGCGAUCAAAUAUAACGGGAAAAGGCUGAGCAUUGCCAAGGAGAUUGGUGACAGACAGGGAGAAGGCGCUGCUUAUGGAAAUUUAGGGAAUGUCUACUAUUUAUUAGGAGAAUAUCACAAGGCGAUUGAGUAUUUUGAAAAAAACCUGAGUAUAACUAAAGCGAUAGAUGACAAACGAGGAGAGGGAGCUACUUAUGGAGGUUUAGGCAAUGCCUAUGAAUCAUUAGGACAUUAUCACAAUGCGAUUGAGAAUCAUGAGAAAAUGCUUAGAAUUGCUAAGGAGAUUGGCGACAGACAAGGAGAAGCAAAUGGCUAUGGUAAUUUGGGAAUUGCCUAUCAAUCACUAGGAGAAUAUCGCAAGGCGAUUGAAUAUCACAAAAAGAGACUGAGCAUAGCUAAAGAGAUUGGCGACAGACGAGGAGAAGGRGAUACUUAUGGAAAUUUAGGGAUUGCCUAUAAUUCAUUAGGAGAAUUUCAAAAUGCGAUUGAAUAUCAGGAAAAGAGACUGAGCAUUGCUAAAGCGAUAGAUGACAAACUAGGAGAAGCCAAGGCUUAUGGUAGUUUAGGGAAUGCCUAUCAACCAUUGGGAGAAUAUCACAAGGCGAUUGAAUAUCUUGAAAAGAGACUGUGUAUUGCUAAAGAGAUUGGUGACCGGAAAGGAGAAGGAGCUUCUUAUGGAAGUUUAGGGAAUGCCUAUAAAGCAUUAGGAGAAUAUCACAACGCAAUUAAAUACCAUGAAAAGGGUCUAAGCAUUGCUAAAGAGAUUGGUGAUAGACAAGGAGAAGGUGCUACUUAUGGAAAUAUAGGGGUCGCCUAUCAGUCAUUAGGAGAAUAUCACAAGGCGAUUGAAUACCAGGAAAAAAGCCUUCAAAUUGCUAGAGCGAUAAAUAACAAACAAGGAGAAGCUAAUGCUUAUGGAAAUUUAGGGGUUGCCUAUCAGUCAUUGGGAGAAUAUCACAACGCGAUUCAGUAUCUUGAAAAGAGCCUAAACAUUGUUAAAGCGAUAGAUGACCAACGAGGAGUAGGAGAUACUUAUGGAAAUUUAGGAAAUGCCUAUCAAUCAUUAGGAGAAUAUCACAAGGCAAUUGAGUGUCAUGAAAAAAUGCUGUCCAUUGCUAAAGAGAUUGGUGACAAACGAGGAGAGGGAGCUACUUAUGGAAGUCUAGGGAAUGCCUACCAAUCAUUAGGAAAAUAUCACAAGGCGAUUGAGUACAAUGAAAGGAAGCUGAGCAUUUCUAAAGAGAUUGAUGACAAGCAAGGAGAAGGAGAUACUUAUGGAAAUUUAGGAAUUGCCUAUGGAUCAUUAGGACAAUAUAACAAGGCGAUUGAGUAUAACAAAAAGAGACUGAGCAUAGCCAAAGCAAUAGAUGAUAAAAGAGGAGAAGGAGAUACUUAUGGAAAUUUAGGGAUUACCUAUUAUUCAUUAGGAGAAUAUCACAAGGCGGUUGAGUUCCAUGAAAAGAGUCUGAGCAUUGCCAAAGCGAUUACUGACAGACAUGGUGAAGCAUCUUCUUAUCGUAAUAUAGGUGUUGCAUAUCAGGAAGAAACCAGCAUUAAAGACCUCAACAAGUCAGAAAAAUACCUAAAGAGGAGCAUACAAUCCUACGAGAAAUUGUUUGAUGCUUUAAAAGACAAUGACCAAUUCAAGGUUUCCAUUGUCGAUACAUUCAUCACAACCUACAAGGUGCUUAGCCAAGUCUACAUUAAAACUGGAGAAAUCGAAGAAGCGCUCAUGGUAUGUGAACGUGGGCGAGCACGUGCUUUGAGAGAUCUCUUGUUCCUAAAAUACAAAACAACUGAAAAAKCAGGACCAAAAAAUCUGGGACUUGCAGAUGUCAAGAGAAUUUCUUCGUAUCGUGAAAGCUGCCUUCUUUUUUACAAUCUUCAUGAUAACAAGGUAACUUAUGAUUGCUGGGUGAUAUCAUCACAGAGUCCAUCAACAUUCUUUUAUGAUGAAAUGGACAACCAAGAAACUUUGGCAACAAGUGUGUUGGGUCUGUCUGAAGAUGAUAAAGGAAAUAUCAAGACGGGAUAUUUUCAAUAUCUCGUUGACAACAGCUUUCGCCAGAUGCGUCCAAGAGACGGAACAGAAUGUGAUGAUCAAUCUAUGAACAUACUAGAGCAUGAAUACGGAUUGCUUGAAGCCACUACAAACUCUUCAAUGCUUAGUGUAACUGCCCUCACUGUUUUUCGAAAGGUAGACAGAUGGUGCGCUUCAACCGACGAUGAAGAUGAUAUCGAGCCUCUAGACGUGCUGUCCCGUAGACUUCUUUCUCCAGUAAUUAACCAGCUGACCCAGGACGAGGUGGUCAUCAUCCCCGACGGUCCUCUGUUCAUGGUGCCAUUUCCUGCUCUUCGAGAUCCAGAGACCGGCAAGUACUUGUCGGAGACUAAGCGCAUUCGCCUGGCUCCUUCCYUGACGACGCUGAAAAUUCUACAGGAAUCCUCAGACGAACAUUAUGCUAAGUCAGGGGCGCUGAUCAUUGGAAAUCCAACAGGUGAUUUACCUGGUGCAGAKAAAGAAGCUGUCGAGAUUGGUAACCUCCUCGGUGUUCAACCAUUGAUAGGAAGACAAGCAACAAAAGAAGUAAUUUUAGAGAAACUAAAGCAAGGCGUGUCCGUGAUCCACUUUGCUGCACACGGCAGCAAGAAAAAUGGCCAGAUCUUACUGGCUCCUUCUAACUCUUCGACGAAUUCGUGUCCAUCGGAUGACAAGGGCAGCAUCUUGACUAUGAAGGAAGCACAGGAGGGCGGAAUUCGUGCUCAACUGGUUGUUUUGAGCUGUUGUCACACCGGUAAAGGUGACAUCAGGUCUGAAGGAGUGGUUGGGAUUGCUCGCGCCUUUCUUGCUGCAGGAGCSCGUGCUGUUGUAGCGUCACUUUGGGCCAUUGACGACACAGCCACAAAGUACUUCAUGAUUAAAUUCUACUCUCAUCUCAAGAAUGGGGAGAGUGCAAGUGCGAGUCUGCAGCAAGCAAUGAAGGAAAUGAGAGAAAUAGAGAGAUAUGAGGAGCCAAAGUACUGGGCGGCCUUCUUUCUUAUUGGAGACGAUAUAACCAUCACAGUGUAAUAGAACACAUCAUCGUCUAAUAACACAUUAACGACUUAUUAUGAUACUACUAAAUUUGCUUAUUAAUAACCAAGGACGUGUGCUUUAAGUAACUGAACUAAUAAACGAUAAGCGCAUGCUCAGAGAACUAAAUUUCCCAUGAUCCAAUCACACAUUCUUGCAGUUACCAGGGCACAGGUAGCACAGAGUCAAAUAUACCAUAAUAAUAUAAUAUCAGCCUAUCACGUGCUCACCAUGCCAAAAAAAAUGUCAAAAAAAUACCCAUAGUUUCCUGCUUAAAUAGCACAGUAAUGCCAUGGUAAAGUCCAUGGUCAACCAAAUCAUCCAAAAUGCUUUACAUGUAUUGCCUUACUUGUCACAUGGUUGGGUGGCCUAUGGGUGUGGUGGUGCUUUCUWCUCUACGAUUGCUCGACGUUAGAUUUGGAGGCUUUUUGCAAAGAUCGAGAAAAGAAUAUGCUGAAACGCUCAGCCAACUUACAAAUGCAUGCCGUUCGCGGUAGACUCAAACACUAAGUCGUUCCGCAAAUUCAAAAGCUCUAAGAAGACUCAACGAUACUAAAAUCAAACUUAAAAAUCUCAGACAUACUUAGGAAAACUUAAAUAUACUCAAAGAAUAUUCAGGAAUACCGCAUGUGUAGAUCUCAUGAAUUUUUUGUCAAAAUUUGAAAGAAAUAACGCUUGGAAAUGCGAUUUCCAGCAUUUUGAGAGACAUCGAAAAUUAUGAAAAUUUUGAAUGAAACUUUUAAAGCCCCAAAACGCACUAAAGAAUGUAUUCUCGAAUGGCUAUGAUUGUCCAAACGCCCUAUAGAUUGCCUAUGUUUAUGCUAAUAACACUAAUGAAGUUUCAUUUUUGGUUGAAUGAUUGUCAAUAAAUGCAACCGUUUGUCAAUU